GAGUCGGACAAAGACCACCGCCGAAACACAUGGCUUCGUGCCUCGUGUGUCAGUGUGGCUGCUACGAUAUGCCGGCGUGGUUCGUUGACGGUGAAAGUUACCGUCAUUGUUUUUAGUCGGCGCCGAUAUCCGCUUUUGCCACGAGGUGGCGUAUUGUGAUCACGUGCUCCAACCUGCAACGCGUCAAUAACCACGCCGGCGCUCGUAGCCCAGUGCUCAAAUAGCAGUAUUAGUUGAAGGAAACGAUGCUCAAGCGGUGGUUACGGUUGUGAUAAAAAAUUAUCGAGUUCAGCACGUGAGUUUCGUGUUCCUUUGUGUGUGCAUCCUUGUCAGUUGAUCUGUUUUGUAAACUCGUGUGUGUAUCGAGUGACUUGCCUCAGCGCAACAAUACAUUACUUGGCAGAAUCACGCCUUAAUCUAUUUCCAAGGCCAGUGUUGAUUGGCGACAAAUUUGAAAAUGACUGUCACUUACACCGGUGAAGUUGCGACUUGUCGUGGUUUCGGCUGCUUCCUGAAGCUCUUGUUUCGAUGGCGGGGGAGCAUCUACAAGCUGGUGUGGCCGGACCUGACCAUGUUCCUGCUCCUGUACUACGUCCUGAACAUGACGUACAGAUACUCACUCGACGACGAGCAAAAAGCGAUUUUUCAUUCCAUUGUGCAGUACUGUGAAACGUUUAAUGACCUGAUCCCGCUGUCAUUCGUGUUGGGUUUCUAUGUGUCGAUCGUGAUGCAGCGCUGGUGGAACCAGUACGUCAGUAUCCCCUGGCCAGACACCAUCGCGGUGUUCGUCAGCUCCAACAUCCACGGCCAGUUGACGGGGAGACGCGGUUCUGCGCAGGACGAGCGCGGCCGCGUGAUGCGGCGCACCAUCAUGCGCUACGUGUGCCUCUGCCUGUCCAUGGUGUUCACGAUGAACAGCCCGCGCGUGAAGAAGCGCUUCCCCACCAUCGACCACUUCGUGGAGGCGGGCCUGCUGACGGACAACGAGAAGUCCAUCAUGAGCGACCUGAACACCAAGUUCCCGCGCCACUCCAAGCACUGGCUGCCCAUUGUGUGGGCGGCCAGCAUCGUGACGCGCGCGCGCAAGGAGGGCCGCAUCCGCGACGACUUCGCCGUCAAGACCAUCAUCGACGAGCUCAACAAGUUCCGCGGCCAGUGCGGCCUGCUGCUGAGCUACGACAACAUUAGCGUGCCGCUCGUCUACACGCAGGUGGUGACGCUGGCCGUGUACUCGUACUUCAUCACGUGCGUGAUGGGCCGCCAGUUCCUGGAGAUCACCGACAAGACGGACCCGCUCUACAAGCACAACAACACCAUCGACAAGUACUUCCCCGUCUUCACCACGCUGCAGUUCUUUUUUUACAUGGGAUGGUUGAAAGUGGCAGAAAGUCUCAUAAACCCGUUUGGAGAGGACGAUGAUGACUUUGAGGUCAACUGGUUGGUCGACAGAAACCUUCAAGUGUCGUACCUGAUCGUCGACGAGAUGCACCACGAGCACCCGGAGCUGAUCAAGGACCAGUACUGGGACGAGGUGUUCCCCCAGGAGCUGCCCUACACGGUCGGCACGGAGAGCCUGCGCGAGCACGUGCCCAAGCCGUCCACCGCCAACAUCGAGGUCACCAAGGCCGACGCCGAGUACUUCGCUCCGUCCUCCGUGAAGACCGGCGAGCUGACGCGAGGUGCCGCGCGUGCGCAGUUCGACGACGCGCAGAGCGGCAUCCACUUCACGGCGGGCGCCAAGCGCAGCAUCAGCCGCACCAGCACCAAGACGCGGCUGGCGUCGGCGGGCUCGCAGUCCAGCCUGAACACGGGCAGCCUGGCCAGCUCGCUGCACCGCGUCGGCUCCGUCACGUCCGUGCUGCGCCGCCUGUUCUCGCGCGAGGGCCCGCCCAGCGCCAGCGCCGCCACCAUCCCCACCUCCACGGUGGACGCGGCCGUGGGCGUGGGAGACGGCGAGUUCCGCAGAGAGGUCGGGAAGAUCCCGAUGAGCAACAGCUCGGCCAGCCUGCACUCCAAGUUCGUGGGCGGGGGCAGCAUGAGGAUCGCCGACCAGGUGAUCGAGGAGGUGGACGAGCAGUCCACAGUCACGUCCAUGAGGCCCCCGGAGCUGCGUCCCAACGUGCGCAGCAUCUUCCCCGUGCCGACGGGCGCGCCCCCGCCGUCCGCCCCGGUGCCCGUCCCGCACGGCUCCCUCAAGCCCUUUGACUUUGGCGGCGCGGUGCCGCUGUCCAGCUCCGCCCCCGCCUCCGCGGGCGUCCCCGCCGCCACGUCCCCGGCGCCGUCCGGCGUCACCUACACGGAGGUCAUGUCGGUGAAGAGCGCGCCCGGCUACGGGGACCGGCCCCCGGGGACGGGCGGGCUGGAGGCGGGCGGCUCGCAAGGGGGCGGCAGCAGCGUGACCCUGGGACCGGGCGGCGACAACGUCAGCAUCGGGGGCUCCAGCACGGCCAGCUCCGAGGACGAGUUCUCCCGCCUCAAGUCGCAGCGCCAGAAGGAGAUGCGCGAGAAGUUCAUCACGAAGCUGGCACGGUCCAUCAGCGCGCAGCAGGCGGAGAUGAACUCGGAGAGCGACCAGCUGCUGCUGGACCUGGGCAGCAGCUCGCGGACGGGCCUGCUGUCGGGGUCGCAGCGGUCCAGCGUGUCUUACAGCGACGCCAACUUAUGAUCCCGGCGGCUGGGGUUCUCCUACAACCUGGCCCGGUGAUGGAGCCCCGAGCAGUACUGAGCUCGCUAGGCUGUGCUAGCUAUUCCAGUGGACUAGGGACUUUUUAUCUGGCAGGUAGAUGCUACGUAGCUUCGUAACUGAACUAACUAACUAAAUGUUUGUUCACAACGAAAAAGACACCAGGUUUAUCUGCAUUUUAACUUAUUAUCGUAAAAUAUCUCGUUACUCGCGAUAGUGUUCGCUUUUGUGUGUUUAAUUGUAACUGGUGCUUUAAAUACUUAUUAGUGAUAGUUUAUAGUUAGAUGUUGUACAAAUCAUUUUUUUGCAUACCUACCUUAAGUUUAUUUUAGAGAAAUCUAUGAAAGCACAGUAUUAUGUUAAAGUUUUAAAAACUAUUUAAUCAUGUGGAGAUGAUAAAAUCAAAGACUGGCUUGAAUAUGGAUGUGUCAUGUCCCCCAUCUUCUGUUGAGAUGCUUAUUACACAUCAAUAGAGUUUUGAUAUUUCAUGAAUUAUAUUGCGACUUAAAAAUAUGCAUUACUUCACAAAACAUUUUUAUGUUUUUGAUUUUAGAAUUUGGGGCUUUGUUUUAUGAGAUAUGUGUUAGUUUACUUUAUUUAUUUUUGUUGAUACAUGCUGUUGUACUUCAUGAAUUAAAGGAAAAAUUGUUAGGGUUGGUAAUGAGAUGAGAGGAUGAAAUUAGUUUUGGUUUAUUGCAAAAAACUGCUAUGAAUGACAAUUGCAGGCAGAUUAAAAUAAGUAGGGAAGCAUUGUGCCUAGCAGUACUGGACAGUAUGUGCUAAGAAAACUGAAGAACUGGUCAGUACAGUAGAGUAUCAAAGGAAAUUUUAGUUUUCACUGCGUAAACACUGCAUUUUAUUCCACUGUGUGGCUAAAUUUUAAUCCUGUUGUGUGGUUGUGACAAGAUAAAAAGACUUGAGUGUAACGUGGCAAUAACAUUUUUGUUAGUGGGACUAGCAAGUUGAAUCUACUUGAGAAUAUAGUUACAGGAUGUUUGGAAAUCGCUGGCCAAAAAUUCAAAGGUGGCAGGGAAUGUUAAAACAUGCGGUUUUGUUAAAGAAAAUACUACAAGAAAUGAAAGCUUGGAAGGUUGUGGUUGCCAAACAGCAGUGUGUAUAUUUGAAUUUCACAUGCAUCUAGGCAUCGGUCCUGUUUCUGAAAGCAAACAGUGGGCAAAGUGGUUCUCCUCCCCCCCCCCCCCCCCCCCCAAUUCCAUUCCCCAAAUUAAAGUCUGCAUACAUCAAGGCUGCAUUGUAAACACUUCCACACAAUGCUGUUACCAUAUUGCAUGUUUUGAUACCUGUUGUAACCCGAGCUGCAGUACAUCUUCCUUGAAACAUGGCGUUCGAACGGUUCUCGUGGUGCUGGCAUCGACCCUUCGUGGUGAGAGACUACCAGUUCCACGCAGGUGCUGGUCAGGACGUUACUCAGUACACAUAGUUGGUAGAGUGCCAUUGGUAGUUGUGACCUGAUUCUGCUCUCGCCUCCCCGUACACUAUAUUCGUGUUGACCAACUCUGGGAAUGUCAUGUCUUCCGUGCUGUUGGUGUUCGUAAAAUAUCUAUUUGCACCACCAUGCUCGCUGAACCGUCAGUACUACUCUUAAUCGGCCAAGGCCAAACUUGUAAACAUAUCUCAACCAACGUCCACUGUGCCGUACUCCAGACUACUGGUUGCUAGUGCGUGUGUGUUGUAAGUAACUCUGAACGUCUGCGCCCGGCUCGCUGGCCUGUUUCGUGUGGAUUGCCUGAAAAUGAUACAUCUCUGUGCUGCAAUCGUCCAUUCUCUCUAGCACUGGAGUGGUGCCAAGAUGCGCAAAGAUAUUCAAAAUUUGCACAUUUACCUGUUGAAUCUGUUUAACUUUGCAGGACUGCGUUUCUGGACGUAUGUUUCUGAACCAAAUCUGUUAAUUUUGGCAUUUCCUGCCUUCCUUUAAAUUUAGGCCAAACAUGUUCCAAUGUGUAGACAGUCAAACCUCAAUAACAUAGACCUGAAGGGACCAUAAUUUUUUCACUUUACAAUAAUAAUAUUUUUAAUAACCAAACUAUUAGGUACCAAAUUUAAUCACUUUUUUUUGUGAUUUCUAAAUCAAUACGAGUAAAGUUAAAACUUGCACACUAUUUUAUACAGCACUAAUGUGCUGUUUUUGUAGGGUUGUAAAAUACAAUUUUAUAAUGGCUACACCUGUGGCUCAAAAUAUAUUUUCUAUUGUUUUACACUUAAAAUGAUUAAAUACUGAAGAUUAAAGCAAAGUUUUAUAAAUUACCUACAAAAAGACAAACUACCGACAUUUUGUUAGAAUAAUAUUGCUAAGAUUUUUCCCCAACUUUCCAACUUUCCCAAGCACUGGCAUCAGAAUUAUUUUAGUUGAAACUUCACUUUGUUUCUUUAUAGUAAUCUGAGAUAUUUGUGUUAACCAUCCUUUACUUCAUGUAAUUGUUUACCCUUAGAACAAAAACAACUUAAUGUUACUCAAUAACCAUACUUUUGUAUUAAUCAAAUUUCUAAGCACUAUAACUCCUAUGUAAUUUAUAGGGACUGUGAAAACACUAAAAAAAAAUAUGGGAGUUUUGUAUCAACAGGGUUUUUAUUAAUGAGGUUUCACUGUAGUAUUAAGCGUGUAUUUGUGAAUGUGGUAUGACUGUCCAUGGUCUGACAAAGUGCAUAUUGCAGACUGUACAAAUUCCCCCAGCAAACGGUACAGUCACAGUGGGCUUGUUUCAGAGAUUUUGCAACCCUUGUGAGUCCUCUUCAAACCCACUUGUAGCAUAUCUGCUACGAUACCUAACACUACUCUAGGUCGUUGGAUUGUCUACAUGAGACACAGUUCAGAGAACCAACUUUGUUACCUUGUAAUACAUUCCUAGCAAGUUGAAAUAUUUUGUUUUUGAGUGCAGUUAGUGGCGACUGACUGUGCAGUAGGCUAAAUGAAACGUUUUAACUAACAAUCUGAAAUCUUAGUUGCAAGAUCACAUUAAAUCUAAAAUUUCGGCACACUGCAUGACUCAUAUUCAUGAUUACUGAGCCAGUACUUGGUUUGGAGAAUACAGUAAUCUUUGAAGUCGUAAAACCCUAACAGAUUUUUAAAAAAUCUAGUAAAUGUUACUGGAGUCUGACUAUAAUAAUUUUAUUUUAAAAAUACUAAAUUUUAUUCAAUGGCAAUGUUAAAUGUUGUCAUGGCUUAUAUUCAAAGAUAUUUUUUUUGGUUUGGUGGAUUGUAAUUUUACUUCUUCCUUCGUAGUCAUUAAAAUUUUGUUUUCUUUUUAUUGUAUUGGAUUUUUGUAGUUUGCAGCUGACGUAGGUACUUGAAAGUAAGCAUUCAAAAGUUGCUGCUUGAAUCUUGCAGCCGUGACUUGCAAGUUACUGUGUUGAGCUACAAUAUUUGCACUCUCCAAGGCAGAAUAAAGCUGAUCUAACGAGCAAAAUGUCAUGACCACACAUUUGCGGAGAAAUUAAGCUUUUUUUCUGCAUGUGUUUUUCUAAAAGUACCAGUCUGCGAGUUCUUGUUGAACUUUCCAUUUUCAUUUCAAAUUCCUCGCAGGGUUGAUACUUUUAAAGUGUGUGUAGUGUGCUGUUCGCAGAGAAAGGCCCACUUUCAACUGAUGGUGAUUGUUGCUCAGGACUGAGAAGGAAUUUAUUUUGAAAUCAUAUGAACAAAAAAAUAUAACUUAUCUGCAGUGAUUACUCUGCAUAAUAAGAUUCUUACUGUGAUUGUAACAUACUUGUUUUAUGUACAUAGUAAUGUAUUAAGAAGGCAAAAGUAUUAUACAUGUACACGUAUUGAGUGAAAUUUCCAAUGCUAAUUACACCGAUAAAUACAAUGUUGCAGAGUAUUAUUAGUUAUAUUUUUUUAUUAAUUUAUAGAGUAUGUUGCAGUUGUUAAUGUGUGCUGCUACAUAUUUUACAGUAUUUAUUUAUUUACAUUUAAGAAUUAUUUUUAAGAGGUUGAGUGUAUACAUCGGCCUAUUACACAGUAACAUUGUGAUUUUGAGAACUGUGCUUGAGGAAAGAAGUUUGUGGAAUCAAGUACUUUUUGUAUUAUUUGUAAAUCAUGUUUUGUCUUUUCUUUGGCCUCUUAAUGAAGUUGUUAAGAUUAAAUAUUUCAAGUCCAGUUGAUCUUAACCAUUUAAAACAAAAGUAAAAUGGGAUUAUACUGACGGGUCAGAUUAAUUUAUGAAGCAUAUUAUGUAUGUACCAGAUUAUGAAUAAUAUCAUUUAAGUUUAAUGACAUUAAAACUUUUCUGUAAGUAAUGUCCAAAUAAGAUGAUUUACAUCAACCAGGAAGGAUUUUGUAGUGUUAAUGAAGAAUGUAUUGUAAUUUUUAUAAAUGUAUUUAAUUUGUUUAUUUAUUUUUAAAAGUUCAUUAUAGAGAUAUUUUUUUUAAAUUUUACUAUUAAACAUCACACAUUUCAUUGUACUAUCCUUGUAUCCAUGUUUUUUUUGUAGGAUUUUAGUUAUGGAUAUAUUUAUUUUAAUUAAUGUAAAGCUGUGUGAACUUAACUUAUACUGAAAUAAUUUAAGACAUUAUUCAUGUGAUAAUUUUUGACAUGUGGAUUUAAAUGUAAAGUUCUAUAUUGGCGUAAAUAUAUUGGAUAUAAUUUUUAACAAGCUCAGAGAUUAUAAAGUUAGUGCACAAAUACAUAUUUAUAUUUUAUAAAAUUUUGAGCAGUGUUGUGAGAUCUGCCUUAUGUACAAGACUGUGAUGAAUAUAAUCUUGUUAUGA